GAGUUUAUACUGAAACGACUGAGGUGGGCUCUACAAACUGUCUCAUUUGUGUUCAUCUUCUCAGGUUUUUCUACUGCUCUGAAAAUCCAGUGAAACAUUUUACUUAAGUUUUACCUCUGAAGUGGUUGGAUUUGUCUAAAAAAACUACAAAAAUGCAGCGGAUGGAGGAUGAAAAGCCAAAGAAGACCAUCACUCCUUACCUUCUGUUUUGUGUGUCCACGGCUGUCAUCGGGUCUCUGCAGUUCGGCUACAACACAGGUGUCAUCAACGCGCCCGAGCAGAAAUUGCGUCUGUUCUUCCAAAACGUGUCGAUCGAGCGGUAUGGGGAGCCCUUUACUCCUGGAGCCAACACCAUGGUCUGGAGUUUCGCUGUGGCCAUCUUCAGUGUGGGAGGGAUGGUCGGCUCCUUCUCUGUGGGAGCCAUGGUGGACAGAUUCGGCAGGCGUAAAUCCAUGCUGCUGGCAAACGUCCUGGCCUUGUUGGGAGGAGGUCUGAUGGGCCUGUCCAGUCUGAGUCGGUCCUAUGAGAUGAUCAUCAUUGGGCGUUUGAUCAUAGGAGUUUUCUGUGGUCUGUGCACUGGCCUCACGCCCAUGUACGUGGGUGAGAUCUCCCCCACUGCCCUCAGAGGAGCUUUUGGGACGCUGCAUCAGCUCGGAGUGGUCAUAGGCAUCCUCAUCGCACAGAUCUUUGGCCUGGAGUUCCUGCUGGGCUCAGACGUGCUCUGGCCUCUGCUCUUGGCUCUGACCAUCCUGCCCGCGGUGCUACAGUGCAUUAUGUUGCCCUUCUGCCCCGAGAGCCCCCGAUACCUCCUCAUCAACCUCAACAAGGAGGACGAGGCCCGUAAAGCCCUGGAGCGUCUGCGUGGCCACGACGACAUAAACGAUGAUGUUAAGGAGAUGAAGGAAGAGGGUCUCAAAAUGUCCAUGGAGAAGAAGGUCACAAUCCCAGAGCUUUUCCGAUCUCCUGUUUACCGCCAGCCCAUCAUCAUCGCCAUCAUCCUGCAGCUCUCACAACAGCUGUCCGGCAUCAACGCAGUAUUUUACUACUCAACUGGCAUAUUUACUACGGCUGGAGUGACUCAACCCAUCUACGCCACAAUCGGAGCUGGAGUCGUCAACACUGUGUUCACUGUUGUCUCUCUCUUCCUGGUUGAACGGGCAGGACGUAGGACCUUGCAUUUGAUUGGUUUAGCUGGAAUGGCUGUUUGUGCACUGCUGAUGACCAUAUCCCUUGCUUUGGUGAAGACAAACCAAGCUCUGAGUUACCUGGCCAUCAUAGCUGUCUUUGGGUUUGUGGCGAGUUUUGAGAUGGGUCCUGGUCCAAUCCCAUGGUUCAUCGUGGCUGAGCUCUUCUCCCAAGGUCCGCGCCCGGCUGCCAUGGCUGUGUCCGGCUUCUCCAACUGGACCGCCAACUUCCUGGUCGGGCUAGGAUUUCCUAAACUGGCGGAAAUAUGUGACGCUUAUGUCUUCCUCAUCUUCAUGGUCCUCUUGAUCUUCUUCUUCAUCUUCACCUUCCUGCGCGUCCCAGAGACCAAAGGGAGGACUUUUGACGAUAUUGCGCAGGGAUUUGCAGCGAGUGCGGGGAAGACUUCAGCCUCGUCCCCUGCUCCAGAGUCGGUGGUGGUGGGUGGGUCUGAGCCUGCUCCCCCAAUGUCCCCCAAUGAGAAAGUACCCAUGGUGGAUCUGCCGCUAGAAAAGAAAUGAUGAAUGACAACGAUGUAACACAGGUUUUAAACACAAAAUAAAGUUAAUAAAGGCAACUCACAGAACACAAUCAAGCAGCUACAUACAACAGAGUAUGAAUAGAACAAGACAUUUCACUCAUACCAAGUUUUAUUUCUGUAUUAUGUGUCAUUAAAGGUGCACUAUGUAACAUUUCUGAUGGAGAGUCCGCUACCGUAAUGUAUUUGCUUUGCCUGGAAUGUUUCACAGCAUGACGCUUAACUAAUAUGUCUUCAAUUUAAAAGCAGGUCUUUUUAUUUCCAUACUUAAAAUAUCCUCGCAUAUUUACUGUGAAUGGAGUUGUCUUUCCCUGAAUCUGAACUGUUACUUGACUUAAUGCCAUACUGUGAAACAUUCUACGGAAACAUGAGCAGGUAGUGUAGACUACUCUCCUCCAACAAAAGUUAAAUACUGUAGUGCACUUUUAAUUUACAAGUCAUGUUUUAUUCACAGUUAAUAUUUUGGUAGGGCUUUUUAAAAUUUAUUUUAUGUUAAUUGCAAUUAGAGUUACAAUUUGUUGUUUGUGUUUUAACAGUAGGAUUCUGGUCAAACUUGGGUUGUCAAAGUCCAAAAUUAGAUACUAAUCAAUACUAAAACUAGUAUUGAAACUAAAUAUUCAUUUGAACAGGUAUCGAUACAAAAAAAAAAAUUGCAUUUACAGUACAGAAAUUAAUCAUAACAAGUAUAAGAUCACAUGGACCACUAUGGAACAUACGUGGACUUUUGAGGGAUUGCAGAGAUAUAAGACUGUAUCAUAAAAGUACUAUGAUUUAAUGUUGAAAAUAACUUUCUAUUGUCUAAAGAAAGAGGGUUUUUUUUUAUUAUCUUCAUGGUAAAGGAACUGGCAUUAACUGUCAAAUCUAUUCCUUAGUAUCAAAAUUGAGUUUGAAAUUUGAGUAUUUCAGAAGAUGUUUUCAGUGAUUUAAAUUGUAAAGCAGCUUUUAUCUAUAAUCAGGCAAGAUAAUGUGUUUUCUGGAGAUUAAAUAGUUAUUUAGUGUUUGUAAUUUACUAAUUGUGACCAUUCAAAUUUUGAUUUUGAUUGCAAAAUCUUGCGGCCUUACAUUUAAAAAUAACGUUUACUUUCUGUACAACUCAAACGAUGGCUUAACAUUACCAAUGACAUCCAAAUGGUAGCUUCAUGCAUAUUGCCAUAUAAGAGGAUCAACAUAUGCUCCGAGUUAAGACCCUUACCACCCCCAGUGUUAAAAGGCUGUAGGAUUUGGGGUUUAUUGUAUUGAGGUCAGGCUGAAAAGCUGGUUUUGGAGCACGUAGCUUGACCCAAAAAGACAUAUCAGAAUCUCUGCCAAAGGAAGGGACCAAUGUUGUCUGAGGAGAAAGAAAUACACUGAAGAAUGCUACAGGUUUUAUUUUAACUGUAGAACAUGUUUGACAAGAUAUUUAUUUAAUUAUUUGACUAUAAUGAAACUAGUGUCAUAGUGAGAGGUGAGUAGUAGUCAGUUACAUUUACUUGAUAAACUCUUACAUACAAUUGUACUUAGAGUCACUUUCAGUACUUUUACUCCUGCAACUUGAGUAAUAUAUUUUACACUGUAAAAGUACUAUUACUUGAGUAAUAAUACUUCCCUUUGUCUAAAAGUGACAAAAUCGUACUGUUGACCAUAUUUAUUGGACAUUUGUGUUUCUUGCUUAGCUCCGUUAGCCAUGAUUUGUUCUCAUUUUUGUGGUAUGACCCUUGAAUUUUGUAUAUUAUUUAAUCCGUCCAAGUAAUUCAAAUUAUGUCCAGACAAUUUUUUGCUUGUCUACCCACCUCUGGUCCUACAUUCAAAAAGUAAUUACAGUAAUAAAAACAGGUAGUCACCUACAUCAAAGACAUGGGCAUUUUUUGAAGCACAACCUCUUUUUCAAUUUAAAUUGUUAUAUAUAUAUAUUUUAAUAUUAUUACAGAUAAGACUGUAGUUCAUAAACACAUCCCAAUUGAACACAUUUGAUGGUCUGGAUCAGGGUACCGUUUACUGUUUAGGAUUUUGUAUUUAAAAGCCUGAACUAAAUAUUGAAUGAUAUGUGCGUUUCUGAUAUUACUGUACGAACUGCCUUUAAUCAAGUUUAAUCAUCGUUGAGGGAUGCAAGAUGGACGUUUGCUGUUUGAAUGUGCAAGAGAGGUCAAGAGACACUAAAAGCAAAAUAAUAUAUUUGUAUUUAUUGUACUGUUAAAGCACAGAGCCUGUCUUAUGCGCUGUCAGUGUGUAAAAUAAUGUGUAAAAUGUUAAAUUUAACUUUUUGAGACUGAACAAAUGUUGUAUGUUAUGAUGUGGAUGCAGUAUACAGCUGGUUGUAGUUGCACUUGGUCAUCAAACUCAUAAUUUUACUGUUUUGAAAAUGGAUGAAACAAUAACACUGAUAAAAUAAUGUGAAAAUAUUAAAAUUCUUCAACAUAUGAAUCCAUCCAACACCUAAAUGCAUUGUUCUGUUGUAGCAAGUUAAAACAACAGCGGGAACUGCCAAGACCACAAUCCAAAAGCCAUCGUAAAGAAAGUUUUGUUAUUACACAGUUAAAACUUGACAAUAAUGGUAGCACUAAAGUUAUGUUAACUGAAAAACUCACACAAUUUCACAAUUCAAAUUAAAUACACAAUGGGGUAAAUACCAUGUUGAUUAAUAUUGCAGAGAGAAUUGUCUAUUGUUGCAUCCAUUGUAAUUACACAAGGCAUUAAAGACUACAACUGCUGCUAUUGUUAUUAUUAAUAUUAGUAUUCUGAAUGUCAGUUUGCUGCUUGCCGUGUGUGGACUGUUUAUGUAUAUUUUGCCCUUUUGAGUUUUCUGUUGAAAACAAAUGCCUGAGGUGAUGUGACAGAAAAAAGAAAAAAGACUGGACCUUUGCGACUAUCAAUAAAAUAUGCUUCUCAGUUGUAAAAAUAA